UUGUGCCACGGACGAACCCUGAGAGACAGGCCCAGAGGAAGAGCUCCAUGACCCAGCUACAGCAGUGGGUCAACCAGCGCAGAGUCAUGGCUGUACAGGAGGACAUGAACAGUACCUCCCAUUACUACACAGUGAACCGGGGUGUUCCAGCUGACUACUACAGCGUCUACGGUAGCGUGGUGGGUGGUCCAGGCUACGUGGAGCAGUACCCCCUCUACCCCUUGGGCAUACGCCCCGACAGCAUCUGCUCUGUGUCAGCCAUGGGCUACGACCGCCUGGGCCCCCCUCGCUGGACCAACGAGGACAAGAGAUGCUCACUACGGGACGGACCCCCGCCCCCUCGAGAUCCAUACGGUCCCCCACCCGGCCCUGCCUAUUACAACCAGAUGGAUGCAGCCCAGACCUCCAUGAGGCGUCUCUCCAUUCAGCCCAGGUCUAGGUCCGUCCCCAGGUCCCCUUCCUCAUCCUCGGGUGGUCCCUACUCACCCGGCCCUCAUAGCUUUGCCUCGCCCAUCCGCUCGCCCUCGGCCCGGUUUGACAGAGGACCAAGCAGGCUACAGGAGGAUGUGAUCUACGCUGACCCCUCUGUGUACGGACUGAGGAGAUCACUGAGCUCACCCAAGUAUGAUUACCCUGGAGACAGGAGGUCGCUAAGCCAAGGAAUGUACCACUACAACUACCCUGCCUCCCCCUCUCUCCACAGCAAAAUGGUGCCUCCAUUCGAUGACCCCUACAGGGAGCUGCACCCUACACUGAAUCUCAACGAGCUUGAGACCAGCAAACUUCUGGGUCGUCUGUGUGAGCAGAACAGGAUUCUAAAGGACCAGGAAGCAGUGGUCCACAGGCUGAGGAUGGACAAGGACAGCCUAGAGGGUGCGCUGGUGACCACACACCAGGAGAUGGAGCUGUACCGGGGUCAGCUGCUGGCUGCAGACAAAUUACAGCUGAAGAAGGAGACACUGCAGAACCAGCUCAUCAACAUCAGAGGAGAACUCUCCCAGGCAUCCAGCGUUCUGACCACCAGUCGGAUGGAGUUUGAAGCUUUGGAGGACGAGGUCAAUGCUAUCCAUGGAGACCUGUGGGAACAGCUCAAUACAGGCGGGCAGAGUGAGAUGAUCCACAGACACAUUCAGAAGGAGUUCUGGAGAGUUCAGGAUGUGUUGGAAGGACUCCACAAGAGCAACCUUUCCAGAGGCACAGACACAGCCAAACACCGGGUAGCCAGUGGAACAUCAGGUUCUUUUAGCACCAAUAGUCCUGCUAGUCCCAUGAGCUCAGUAAGCCUCACCAGUCCACUCAGCCCCUUCUCCCCAGUGCCCGGUUCCCAGGCCUCCCCCUCCAAACAACUGUCUCCGGAGGACAUUGGCCCGCCACGGCCACCACUUCCCAAAUCCUACUACCCUCUGGAGUCGCUCCCCUCCCUUCCCCCCUCCCUCCCCCCUCUGCCCUUCGACAGCUCCACCUGGCUACGCAGCCUGGGCCUGGAUGACGGUUACCUUGACGAUGAAGAGUCCCACAGCAGAAAGCACAAGUACGGUUAUCGACAGGACAUGUCACCAGAAGAAUGGACCAAUAGCAACGAAGCUCAGGAGCUGGAUCUGGAUCGACAGGCCAACAUGAAUAAAGUGGGGGUCGUUCCUCCCAGGACUAAGUCUCCCCUGGAGGAUCAGGGCCAAUCCUACGACCAUGGAAUCUCCCGACGCAACGGCAAGGUGCCUAAUGGAAUCUCCAGGGAGCGUCCGAAGAGUGCGGUGUUCCCGGCGGAGGUGAAGUCCAAGAUGAGCGUUGAGGAGCAAAACGAGCGUAUCCGUAGGAACCAGAGCAGCUCCGUCAGGGACAAGAGACGCAGCCUGAACCUGGGUAGCCAGGCUGGUACCAACUACAGAGUGGUGAGGCGGAGGCUGACAACCCAUGAGGUGGACAUCAAGGACCUGGAGGCUGCAGUACGGGGGGAGGGGGUACAAGAGUCACCCCGGGAGGAGAUUGCUCGCCUCAGACGGUUACAGAUGGAACCUGACCAGUACAACCUGGACAUCAGCAAAGAGCUGUGUACUCCAGACAAGAUUCUGAUUCCGGAGCGCUACCUGGACGUGGACACUCCUCUCAGCCCAGAGGAGCAAAAGGAGAAACAGAAGAAAGUAGAGAGGAUCAAGACGCUCAUUGCCAAAUCAAAUCUCCAGAACGUGGUUCCCCUAUUGGACGGUCCUACUGAGGGGGCUGGUUCCCACCACCAGGGUAACCCAGAGCAGCAGCUCCAGGACCAGGAGAAGAGGAUUGAGAUCUCCUGUGCCCUGGCCACCGAGGCCUCGCGACGCUCCCGUCUGCUCUCCGCCCAGUGCGCCCCCAGCCCCCUCGCCUCCCCGACCAGCCUGGCCCCUCCCCCCUCCUCCACUGGCUUCUCCGACUCCGCCCACAUCAUGAAGGUGUGAGUCUGUGAAGCUCAAGCACUGGCUGCCGUUAAGUUUGAUGGAGCAUCCUUCUGAGGAUCCACUGGAAUAUAAAGAAUAAGCCCAAAGAAACUGGUUUUGUUUAGUCUCUGACCGUACGCCUGCCGGUGUAUAAACCCAACGACCUCCACAACAACACAACAGGAAAAAGGAAGCUGUCACAGGAAGUCUGGAAAGUUGGCCACCUGAGGACGUCUUCAAGCCAAACAGACUAAUGAUGGAGUAACUUAAACUUAAUGUCCACACCUCCCACCCACCCCAGGGGCUGCUAUAACAGCAUCCUCCACUCUCCUUCUGUCAAUGACCACAUUUACACUCUUCCUCUCAGCCUAGGCCUGGUAGAAAAUAGCUUCUCUAUGAGGGCAGGAAAAGCAAACAAAACAAAAGCAAAUUCACAAUUUUGGGUGUACACAAUUUUUUGAUGCAGCAUCUGAAGCUACUAAACUAGCCAUAGAGCAUAGGGUGUAUACAGUACAUUACUCAUAGGGUGUAUACAGUACAUUACUCAUAGCGGUGUAUACAGUACAUUACUCAUAGGGUGUAUACAGUACAUUACUCAUAGGGUGUAUACAGUACAUUACUCAUAGGGUGUAUACAGUACAUUACUCUAACAUGGUCUCCGCCAUGCUAAACAGACAGUCAGACAGUGUUUCUCUGUUACUCAGCUCAGAACGGUAUCUGCUAUGGAAAGAUUAGAAGUACCACAGAGACUAGAAGCCAAGGACAGUAGAGUUUUGUGACUGAACGGUUCAGGAGAGCACUUAUUGUACGUGAUGCACAGAUCUCAGUUAAGAUGAUUAGGGAAGAGGACUGGCUGAGCUGGACUUCAGGAAGAAGGUAGGAAGGUUUUUAUUGGUGCAGAGAGUAGUAGAACAAAUCAGAGACUGAUGUGUUUAGUGUAACAGAAAAAGGUCACAGAGGAGAAGGAGGUGAACGGAGGGUGGUUCAAGAACCAUAAAGAGAUAAAAGUAGCAACAGUAACAGAAGGUACCAGAACAGAAUACGGCAUCUUAAGAGCAAUGUGGUCUUCUCUCUAUUUGACUCCUGGGUCAUGUAGUCUUGUUUCUGAUUGGCCCCUGGGUCAUUGUCUCUAACUCAGUUAAACAGCCCUUGACCCUCAGAGGCCAGUAGCGGGAGAGCUGUACUGCAUGCAAGCAAAGUGUCACACACAUACACACACACACACACCAUUCUUUCCCACCUCAAUCCACUGGUGUCAGGGCAUGGGUGUACAGCAGUGCGUGAUGAGCCACCCCCCCCUAUUCCUUUCCAACCCUCUCAUCCCAGGUCAGGAACACACCUGUUGAACACUUACCUGACCCACUGUGCCUGCCUCCCAGCCCCUUCUCCAGGCUUGGCUACCCCCUUCGGUUCCCUCUUCUGUCUACACCCCGAGCUUGUUGGAACCUGUAUGUGUAUGUGUGUGACUGUCUACAGGAAGACCCAUUCUGACUCUGGUAACUGUGAAUCUAGAUGUGAGUAAAGCCCAACCACCUUUAGCAAUAAAGCCACUGUCUUCUCUUACUCCUCUCAUUGCUAGGACCUUUCUUCAGUGGUACAGUACGUCAAUAGCUAAAUGUCUGGAUAAAAUCCAUGCAUACAGUAGCAGUCAAAAGUUUGGACACACCUACUCAUCCCAGGGUUUUUCUUUAUUUGUACUAUUUUCUA